AUGGCUUCAAGAAGUGAAGAUGAGCAACAGGGGGCUUGGUACUUUGGAUCGAAUUCAUACGUUCCAGAGUCCAGUUCUGAAUCAGAAGAAAAGCCACAGAAUAUGGAAGAAAUAGGACCACAACAACAAAAUCAGCAUAAGCCAAGACUCACGAAUGAGUUAAGGCAAUUUAUUUUCCAAGACAUGUUGUCACUAAAAGUUAGUGACUCACUUCCUCAUGGUACAUUCAAACGCAUAGCUCAAAAAUACGGCUACACACAUAGAACCAUCAGAGAUUUAUGGAAACGAGCAAUACAAACCAAGGAAGCAAACAAACUAUACAUUGUGGAAUCCAAAUUUGGCACCGUCAAAGGUGUGGAGGUUGAUAAAAAGAGGCGAGAUAAAGACUCAUUCAAAACCACUACACCCGGCUUUAACCGAUGCCAACAAAAUAAGGAGGGUGGAGUGGAUAUUGAGCCCUAUCUAAGAAGACACCAUUCAAAGACACCCGAUUUACAAAGUAAUAAAAUGCAAAGGGUUUAUUUAGCACAUAAAGAAAAGGUACCAUAUAGGGCAGCGAAGUCAUUAAAGUUCAUACCUAAGGCCAUGUUCUUAGGGGUCGUUAGGCCUAGAUGGAAUCAUUUUGGUCAAUGUACGUUUGAUGGAAAAAUUGGAAUUUUCCCUUUUAUCAAUAUGGUGGAAGCACAAAGAGAUUCAAAGAAUCGACCAAGGGGUUCAAUAGAAAUUAAACCAACCGAAUCAGUUAAUCAAGAAGUUUAUAGGAGUAUGCUCGGCUAUACUAAGAAAAUGGCCAAGUGA